UAUUUUUAAACAAGUGAUUUAGAAGGGAUGUAAUAGUAAUUUUCCUUGGAAAUUUACUGGUCCUUUUCUUUUUCUUUUUUUUUUAUCUUUCUUUACGAGAAUUUUAGACAACUUUGAUGGCAACUGCAGCGCCUAUCUUAGGAGAAACCCAGAAACAGAGAGAGAUGGAAUACGGGAAAGGAAUGCAAGGAGAGAAAGAAGAGAUGGUAACACCAGGAGAGGUGUUAGGUAAAGCAAGUGAACUCAAACCAGGCAAAGGUGCUUACGUGGCACCUUAUCGCAACACUGACAUCCUGUAUGUCUAUUCUUCCCUUACUGGUUUCCGCCGCAGUCUAUCACCUUCCCCCGACUCUCCCGAACAGAGACCAACUGUGGAAGUAGUUGGACACAAGGCUCACGGUGCUGUUCCAGAGCCUGGUUCUGUUGUUCUUGCCCGAGUUACUAAAGUGAUGGCUAAAAUGGCUUCAGCUGAUAUUAUGUGUGUUGGUUCCAAGUCUGUACGAGAAAAGUUCACUGGCAUUAUUAGGCAACAAGAUGUAAGGGCAACUGAGAUUGACAAAGUGGAUAUGCAUUUAUCAUUUCGCCCUGGCGACAUUGUCAAAGCUCUAGUGUUGUCUAUUGGGGAUGCACGGGCUUAUUAUCUUUCUACUGCAAAGAAUGAGUUAGGUGUUGUAUCUGCAGAUAGCACAGCAGGUGCCACAAUGGUUCCCAUUAGCUGGACAGAGAUGCAAUGCCCAUUGACUGGCCAAAUUGAGCAAAGAAAGGUCGCGAAAGUUGGAAGUUAACAUUACCUAAAAACAAAAUUAUGCAAAAAGAAAUUCUCAAAUGUGCUUCUUCCUGAAAUUUUACAGAGGAAGUGCACCUCGAGUUCCGUAUUAGUUAGGGGAUUAUAUAUUACUCUUUAUAAUUGAUUUGAGAUUUGACUUUGGUUGUUGCCAUUGUUGCACCUUGUACUUGGGACUAAUUCCAAAUGCCAUGUCAACCAUAGGUUGUGUGAUUUCCUCUCUUUUAGUGUUCUCUUAGUAUGAUAGUAGUGAACUAGAGUUAUAAACAGAGCAAUUAACUAAUGAUUCCUAAUUUAGUUCAUUUGUUUCAUUUCAUGUACUUUUGUUAUUAAUACAGCGGAUUCACUGUUAAAUCAA